GAGGCAAUCCAGCAAGAAGCACCACCAUCAUCGUCGUGGGUUGAUUGGAUUCUCAGAGUUGUUAAAAACUAGUGUGGCGCAAUAUGGUCCUGGAAUACGGUCGGUAUCGGAUACGCGGUCAUAUCGAUAAUUGCCGUCCUCUUGGGUAUCUCUGAGCCCUGGGAGUGGCCACCAAUGUUGAAUUCGGUAGCGAUGGCCACGAGUGUGAGGAAGACGUGGAGUGUUGCGUAUCAUCAACUCUUGCGUAGGACCGUACAACAACCCGGUCUCAGACUUGCACGACUCCUUGGUUUUAAGAAAGGCUCUAUUCCUUCUCGCUACAUUCAACUUUAUUUAGCAUUCUACAUCAGCUUUUCUAUCCACUGGUGGCAGCAGUAUGUGAUCACACGUGGGGAUAAGGGGGAAUUUGCCUUCUUCAUGAUACAACCCGUAGUAAUUACUCUUGAGGAUUUUUUUCAAUGGGUUUGGAGAAAUGCCAUAAAUACUAAGCGAAAGCAGGAUCUUAUCUGGUUUGAGCAUGCUAUCGCCUAUGUGUGGACGUUUACUGCUUUCACUUUCACCCUAACGCCUUUCUUAAAUGGGAUGGUAGCAACAGGAAUCAUUGGGGGCAGCCCGGAGGAGGUUAUAGCGGUGUCACUUGGGCAUAGACACGGUGCCAAAUACUUACAUCAUUGACGUUAGGUUGACCAUAUGUCACACCGGGUAUUAUUAAGCAAAACGUUGAAACCAGUAAAUAUAUACUACUCGUUAUGAG